GGGCGGCGGCGCGUGGAGGUGUUUGAGGGAGCUCUGAGCGGCGGUUCUCUCGGCAGCGGCCAUGGCCGACUGGGUGUCCUAUUAUCGUGGCGACGGGCCGGACGAGGAGGAGGACGGCGAGCAGCAGGAGGAGGAGGGGCCGGAGGCUGUGGCGGACUACAGGUUCUCGGGGCGGGACAGCUUGAUUUUCUUGGUCGACGCCUCCAAGGCCAUGUUCGAGCCCUACGAGGAUGAGGAGGCGGCCACUCCCUUUGACAUGACCAUGCAGUGCAUCCGGAAUGUGUACACCAGCAAAAUUAUUAGUAGUGAUAAGGAUCUGUUAAGCGUUGUGUUCUACGGCACGGAGAACAACAAGAACUCCGCAGACUUCAAGCAUGUCUAUGUCCUUCAGGAGCUGGACAAUCCAGGUGCAAAGCGUAUUCUGGAGCUGGACCAGUACAGGGGAGAUGAAGGACGAGUACUGUUCCGUGAGACCUUUGGCCACAAUGCUGACUAUUCACUGGGUGAAGCACUCUGGGCCUGCUCUAAUCUCUUCAGCGAUGUCCGAGUUAGACUAAGCCACAAAAGGAUCAUGCUUUUCACCAACGAGGAUAACCCUCAUGCCAAUGAUAGUGCUAAGGCCAAGCUGGCCAGGACCAGAGCUGGUGAUCUGAGAGACACAGGUAUAAUCCUGGACUUGAUGCACUUGAAGAAGCCGGGAGGGUUCGAUAUCUCUUUGUUCUACAGGGACAUCAUCAACGUAGCAGAGGAUGAGGACCUUGGGAUCCAGCCUGAUGAGUCAGGGAAACUAGAGCAUCUCAUGAAGAAAGUACGAGCAAAGGAGACAAGGAAACGGGCUUUAAGCAGGUUAAAUCUGUAUUUGAACAAAGAUCUGUCUUUCUCUGUUGGCGUUUACAACCUGAUUCAAAAAGCUUACAAGCCAUAUCCAGUGAAACUUUAUCGGGAAACUAAUGAACCUGUUAAAACAAAAACGAGGGUGUUUAAUGGAAAAACAGGCAGUUUGCUUCUGCCUAGCGAUACAAAAAGGGCUCAGACAUAUGGAAACCGCCAGAUUGCGAUGGAGAAGGAGGAGACAGAAGAAGUGAAACGGUUUGAUUCUCCGGGCUUGUUUCUCAUUGGCUUCAAACCACUUUCAAUGCUAAAACAGCACCACCAUAUCAGGCCCUCCCAGUUCAUGUAUCCUGAAGAGUCCCUAGUAACUGGCAGUACAACUCUGUUUAAUGCCUUAUUGAUGAAGUGCUUGGAGAAAGAGGUGAUGGCACUGUGCAGAUACAUCGCCCGCCGGAACACUCCCCCUCGCAUUGUGGCCCUGAUUCCUCAGGAGGAAGAGGUGGAUGAACAGAAAGUGCAGAUAGCUCCUCCAGGUUUCCACAUCAUUUUCCUACCAUAUGCAGACGAUAAACGGAACGUUGAUUUUACAGAAAAGGUACCAGCCAAUCGAGAACAGGUGGACAAAAUGAAGGAGAUCAUUCAAAAACUCCGCUUCAAAUACAGGACUGACAGCUUUGAGAACCCAGUUUUGCAGCAGCACUUCAGGAAUCUGGAGGCUUUGGCGCUGGAUAUGCUGGAACCAGAACAAGCUGAGGAUCUUACAAUGCCAAAGACUGAAGAGAUGAGCCGCAGGCUGGGCAACCUGGUGGAGGAGUUCAAGCAGCUGGUUUAUCCUCCUGACUACAGCCCUGAAGGGAAGGCUGCAAAGCGAAAACAAGCUGGUGAUGCUCAAGCAGAAAAGAGGCCCAAGAUAGAAAUCUCAGAAGAUUCACUGAGGAGUUAUGUGCAGAAUGGCACUCUGGGCAAGCUCACUGUCUCUGCUCUGAAGGAUACGUGCAGGCAUUAUGGGCUGAGGAGCGGGGGGAAGAAGCAGGAGCUCAUCGAUGCACUGACUGAAUACUUCAGUGGGCGCUAAGCAGGAACGGAAGGCCACGGUUGACUUCACUCACUUAAAGUUGAGGCUGUUGUACUUGAAUUCUGAAUUUGCUUAAUCUUGCUAUGGAGAAGAAGGCCAAUGGUUGUUGAAUCUAGCACUGGAGAAGCUUUUGACUUGUAGUUUCUAAGCAUUUCUGCAAACUCGGGUACUGUUCACAGUAGCAGAAUUAAAUGUCCUGCUAACUCAGGUUGCUCCCAGAACACGGUUGUGCCUUCUUGGUUUCUUAAUAAAGUUGUUUUGGACUUUUUACUUUGCAACACCA